GCUCAUGCGCUCCUCUGCCGCUAGGCCUGCUGGGUAAACAUGGAUGCUCACGAUCUGUUCCGUCGCCUCGGUGCUGGGGCCAAGUUCGACCUGAGGCGCUUUCCCGCAGACGCGGCCCGAUUCCAGCUAGGAAAAAGAAAAUUUGACUUUGAUUCCUCAGAGGUAUUAGAGGAUCUGAACUUCUUUGGAAGCAAGAAAUCAACCCUAACUGAAAAUAGAACCUCACUGGAUGAUACCCUAUCCAAGGGAGAGGAGAGACCACAGCAAAAAGCUGAACAUGAGGAGGAUAACAGGAUUGAAAGGAAGAGGAAAGGAAACAAGAAGAAAAAACAAUCUUCUGAAACAAUUUCCUUCAGUCCCAGCAAGGAAGAAGAUACUAUACUAUGGACAUCCUCAUUGGAAGCCAAGAUUAAAGAUAAAAAAGGAAAUGGAGAAAAUAAAGUAACUGCAGAGAAAUUGGAACGACUCCGAAAGGAAAAGAUAAAUCGUUUCCGAAAUAAACACAGAAUUCACAUUCAAGGAACAGAUCUUCCUGAACCCAUUGCAUCAUUUCAGCAACUUGACCAGGAAUAUAAGAUCCACUCUCAAUUACUCAAGAACAUCUUAAAUGCGGGUUUCCAGAGCCCUACACCAAUCCAAAUGCAAGCAAUUCCUGUCAUGCUUCAUGGUCGUGAACUUCUGGCUUCUGCUCCUACUGGAUCAGGAAAGACCCUGGCUUUUAGCAUUCCUAUUUUGAUGCAGCUGAAACAACCCACAAAUAAAGGCUUCAGAGCACUGAUCAUCUCACCUACACGAGAACUUGCCAGCCAGACUCAUCGAGAGUUAGUAAGACUCUCUGAGGGCACAGGAUUCAGAAUACAUAUGAUACACAAGGCGGCCGUGGCAGCCAAGAAGUUUGGGCCUAAAUCAUCUAAGAAAUUUGAUAUUCUUGUGACUACUCCAAAUCGAUUAAUUUAUUUGUUGAAACAAGAUCCUCCAGGAAUAGAUCUAAAAAAUGUGGAAUGGUUAGUGGUAGAUGAAUCUGACAAAUUGUUUGAAGAUGGAAAGACUGGUUUCAGGGACCAGCUGGCUUUCAUUUUCCUGGCAUGCACAUCCCACAAGGUCAGAAGAGCUAUGUUCAGUGCAACUUUUGCACAUGAUGUGGAACAGUGGUGCAAACUCAACCUGGACAGUGUUAUUUCUGUUUCCAUUGGAGCAAGGAAUUCUGCGGCAGAGACUGUGGAACAAGAACUCCUCUUUGUUGGAUCUGAAACAGGCAAACUUCUAGCCAUGAGAGACCUUAUUAAGAAGGGUUUCCACCCACCUGUUCUUGUUUUUGUUCAGUCCAUUGAAAGAGCUAAAGAACUUUUCCAUGAACUCAUUUAUGAAGGUAUUAAUGUGGAUGUAAUUCAUGCAGAGAGAACCCAGCAGCAGAGAGAUAACACAGUCCAUAGUUUCAGAGCAGGAAAAAUCUGGGUCCUCAUCUGCACAGCCUUGCUAGCGAGAGGAAUUGAUUUUAAAGGCGUGAACUUAGUAAUCAACUAUGACUUUCCAACCAGUGCAGUGGAAUAUAUCCAUAGGAUAGGUCGAACUGGAAGAGCAGGACAUAAAGGAAAAGCUGUCACAUUCUUCACUGAAGAUGACAAACCAUUAUUGCGAAGUGUUGCCAAUGUGAUACAGCAGGCAGGAUGUCCUGUGCCAGAGUACAUCAGAAGCUUCCACAAGCUUCCAAGCAAACAAAAGAAGAAAAUGAUUAAGAAACCAUUGGAAAGGGAGAGCAUUAGUACAACUCCACAGUAUUUCUUAGAAAAUGCCGAGAGAGAACAAAAAAUUACUCAUCAGAAUUCUGAAAAGAUGGCAGCAUCUGCUAAAACCAAAAAUAAUAAUCGGAUGCCUUCGAAGAUUACUCCAGAAAUAUAAUUCCAUUGCUUUAAGUACCCCGAUGUGAAGUGCUGUUUCCAUGAAGCACAAGUCACCUAUCUCUUAGAUUGAAAUAAAACUCCUGGAAGGUGUCAGUACAGAAAGUGAUACUUUAUCCUGUGCUAUCACCAUUUCUUAAUCAAGUUUCACCUUAGAGGUGGCUUUAUGGAUAAUACUAAUAAGGAAAACUAUUCUUGGAAAUGUUUGAGGGUUGAGUCCACAGGAAUACUUCUUAUAGAAGGCCCUAAUGUACAGAUGGGCCAAGAAACACACAGAGACAGGUGGUCAUUUCUGAAAAUUUCCCCUGCAGGUGGAGGGAGUGAUGCCUGCUGGAUCAUAAUACAAUUAUCCUGCUGGAUAAUACAAAUAAGAGCUUCAGAUGUCCCCUGAGAAUUUGAGAAUAUCUUUAAGAUGCAUAUGGAAUAGUGCAUCAUGAAAGCCAUACUCUUAAGUAACCAAGCAUGACAUGUUCAUUUAUUUAACAUUCUUUAAAUAGCUUGGGUGGGGAGGCCUUUGUGAUGUGGGCACAGAAAGGGACUCCCAUUCUGUAGUUCCUAUUUAAUUUACUUAAUCCCCUGGAAAUAAGCACCAGCUCUUCUGUUACUAUCUUCAUACUAUCAGGGUAGCACCAAGCUCCUCCUCCAUCCAUCUUGCUGUAACUAGAUCACUGCCAAUGUUGCCUCAUUUUCCACCACUUAAUUGUGCUAUUGAAUCCUAUAUCUUUCCAUACCCAUGGGUUUUCGUUGAAAACCAAUCCAUAAUUUAUCCUGAUAGGAAUAAAUGUUCCUAUUACUUGAUAUUCUUUUGGCACCACUCUCUUUAUGUCUGCCUCCCUAAGGGUUUUUUGCCCUAAUUUCAUCUAGUAAGCAAAUCCUUGCCAAAAUACUACACAGAUAUGGAAAUUAUUUGGUAUUUUUGUAAAUGCUGGUUUUGUACUAUGGAAUAAAAGCCUCUUGAUCUCAAGAAAUGA